GUUAGACAAUCAUUAGUUGUUACACAAUCAUUAUAUUUCAGUGGUAGAGAAUACUUCCAAAAAACGCUAAAAAUGAGUUCCAAGAGUGUUAAUCAGUAUGGACUGAAGAGUUUGCUGGAGUGUACUGCUAGACCGGUACUCCUUUCCCAACCACCUAACAUCGCAAACUUUAUGGAUGAGCAUUUGACAGAGUUAAUCAAAUUCAAAGACACUUACCAUAACGAUGAUCCCAAAGAGGUCUCUUUUCAGUUCCAGGAGCAGUGGGAGAAUAAGUACUUCAAAAAUGUGGAAAAAAAGACACGACUAACAACUUCAAAGGUCCAAGAAGGAGAUAGCACAAGGACGCAGCCUACAAAACCCAGUGUCCCAAGACUAGGAAGCCCCAGAACACAGCCUACACAGGCUAAGGUCCAAGAACAAAAGACUUCCAGGACACGACCAAGGACAGCCAAGGUCCAAGGACCAGUGACCACCAUGACACAGCCUACAAAGCCUAAGGUCGAAGAACCAGAGAGCACAAGGACACGAGCAAAAAAAUCUAAGGUCCUAGAGCCAGUGACCACCAGAAAACAGCCUACAAAGCCUAAAGUUCCAGAACCAGAAAGUACCAGGACACGACCACCAUGGACCCUGGAACCAGAGAAUACUAGAGGACCAAGAGUUCUGUGGACCGAAAGAGCUAGGGCAAGGCCUGUAGUUAAUAGGAACUCUCAAACUUGCCCACAGACCAUCUACAUUAUAGGGUAUAAGCGUCUACAGGCACAACGCUCAACUUUGGGACAUAAUAAUUGUCAUGGUCAUAGUCAUGCAGCCCACCAGGUACUCAUCCCACGAGUGUAGAGAUUGCAUGAGUUUCUGUGGUUCUCUCCGGGUGCUCCGGCUUACCCACGAUUUUAUGGAAAUCAAAAAAAGUUUAAUUAGUGACUCUAGAUUGCGCGUAGGUGAGAAUUUUAGUGGGAAUGAUUGUUUGUCUCUAUUUGCCAGAACUGUGAUUAUAGCCCCUUAUCUAAUUUUUGUCAUGCUGUCCACCAGGUACCCUUAGCCCAGGAAGGGGGGCGGGGGAGUCGUCCUGUGUGGAGUUUGCAUGAGUUUCUGUGGUUCUCUCCGGGUGCUCCGGCUUACCCACGAUUUUAUCUAAAUCAAAAAAAGUUUAAUUAGUCACUCUAGAUUGCGCAUAGGUGAGAAUUUUAGUAGGAAUGAUUGUUUGUCUCUAUUUGCCAGAACUGUGAUUAUAGCCUCUUAUCUAAUUUUUGUCAUGCUGUCCACCAGGUACCCUUUAGCCCAGGAAGGGGGGGGUCGUCCUGUGUGGAGUUUGCAUGUGUUUCUGUGGUUCUCUCCGGGUGCUCCGGCUUACCCAUGAUUUUAUGUAAAUUGUCCAUAGGUGAUUGUUUGUCUUCAUGUCAGAUCUGUUAUGAACUUGCACUAGGACACAGCCAUACAGGGUCUACACCUCCUCUCCCCAAUAUGAGCUUGGAUUGGCUCCAGUCCCCUGCAACCCUAAUUAGGAUAAACAGUUAUGGAUGAAUAAUAAUAAAUGAUGAUGCUUAGUUUUUACAAAACUAAAAAAGAAUGACCAGUAAUAAAAGUUGAACUUGCUGAACUGAUUGUUUCCGAACAGUGCCUGUAACACGGCACUGUUAAAGUGCUCACCAUGGAUUCAUUAACGCCAAGCUUACGUGCAGCAGCUCUAUUUCCUUCCUGGAUACCCAAAUUGAUGGCCUACAACUUAAAAGCUGCAUCAUACGAACUUCUUUGUGUGCUUUCCAUGAUGAGGGGGUGA